AUGACCGGGGAACGCGUCCCUACCAAGAGGGAGUUCCUCAGCUUAGUGAUGUCCACGUUUGACCCGAUUGGGUUCCUGAGCUGUUACAUGGUAACCGGCAAGCUACUUAUGCGAGAGAUUUGGCGGAAAGGAGUCACAUGGGACGAGCCGUUGCCAGGCGAGCUAGCCACGACGUUCGAGAGCUGGCGGCAAGAGAUGAGCUACGUGAGAGAGUUCCGAUGUCACGUUACUACUUUGGUACUGGGCGAGUACGAGCACUUCAGCUGCACGUUUUCGUGGACUCCAGCCAGACGGCGUUCGCUGCGACGGCGUAUAUUCCAAGACGAAAUGUGCUCCGAUGAGGACAAUGUCAGUCCCGACAUUGGAACUACAGGCGGCCGUGUUGGGAACACGACUGAUGAACGAUUGCUGCACUGGAUAAGCAGCGCUCACCGACGGUAUAAGCAAUUUGUAGUAGUAGUAUCCCAAUGGAGAUGGCUACCAACUGCCGAAAACGUGGCCGACGAUGCAACCAGGCCGCAACGCCAUGUGGACCUCAGUCAAGGGUCACGAUGGCUACGCGGGCCGACGGUCCUACGGGAACCGGAAGAGAAUUGGCCGAAGAGUUCCCCGAGCAGUAGUGGCUACACCAGAGCCACCCACGAGGAAGAGAUGCCAUGCGUGUUUGCGUUAAUGACUACAAACGGAUCCGUUAUAUCUUUCAAGAGAUUCUCGAACAACAACCGGCUGGUAAGGACCACGGCUUGGGUCCUUAGAUUCGUCCGACGAUGUCGCGGCCAGGAUAGCGACAGCGAGAAGUAUGGACUCACGGCUAACGAAUGCGCCAACGCGGAGCGCAUAUUGAUCCGGCAAGCGCAAAGUGAAGCGUUCUCUGGAGAGGAGAGGGACAGGACAGGAAAGAUUCCGAAAGAAGGCAGCCAACUGCGAGGGCUCUUCCCGUAUUUCGACGACUACGGAGUCAUGCGUGCAAGGGGAAGAAGCGACGCCGCUGCAUGUGUGCCAUAUAGCGCCCGGCGCCCUAUAAUACUAUCCCAUCGACACACGCUGGCGGCGAUGGUAGUACACCUCUAUCAUGAGAAGAUGGAGCAUCAGAACCAGGAUGCGACCAUAGGCGAGAUACGGAAGAACUUCUGGAUAACGAGCUUUCGAAGGUUGCUACGAAAGGUGAGGACCGACUGGAAUGGAUGGCCAUUCAAGUACACGGGCCUGGAUUAUUUUGGACCGUUGCACGAGACAGUUGGACGUCGCGUCGAGAAAAGAUUCCUGCGUCAUCGCCAUGAGGAACUUCAUGAGCCGGCGAGGACCGGUGGUGAAGAUGGGAAGCGACAAUGGGAAAAACUUCGUUGGAGCUCAUCGAGAAGCCAGAAGAUUCAACGAGGUUUUCGAGCCAGAAAGGAUCCAGGGCAGGGAGCUGGCUCCCAUGGAACACGUUCUGGAUCGAACCUGUUGAUCGAGGCGGAGAACAUAGUUAAUUCCCGCCCACUAACGCAUCUGCCAGUCACAGUGGACCAGGAGGCUCCACUGACUCCCAACGACUUGCUAAAGGGAGUACCCAAUCUGCCGGACCUACCGGAAGACAAUGGACAGCCGUUGGAGAGGUGCGCCACGAAAAAGCAGUGGCGUCUGGCCAGGAUGAUGAGAGACCGCUUCUGGAAGCGAUGGGUGCAUUAG